AUGAAGCCAGAAACAGCUGGGGGCCGCGUGCUCCUCCUGCUGCUGCUGGCCGCGGUGCUGACGGGAACCCGCGCUGAUCCUGUGCCCAGGGCGACCAGGCUCCCACCAGAUGCAAAGGAUUGCCACAUAGCCCGGUUCAAGUCUCUGUCCCCGCAAGUGCUGCAGGCCUUCAAGAAGGCCAAGGAUGCCAUAGAGGAGUGGCUGCUCAAGAAGGCUGUGAGGUGCAGCUCCCAUCUCUUCCCCAGGGCCUGGGACCUGCAGCAGCUGCAGGCCCAGGAGCGCCCCAAGGCCUUGCAGGCUGAGCUGGCCCUGACACUGAAGGUCCUAGAGAACAUGACUGACUCAGCCCUGGUUCCCAUCCUGGAACAGCCUCUUCACACCCUGCGCCACAUCCACUCACAGCUGCAGGCCUGUACACAGCCUCAGCCCACAGCAGAGCCCAGGCCUCUGAGCCGCCGCCUCUCACGCUGGCUGCACAGGCUCCAGGAGGCCCAGAGGAAGGAGACCCCCGGCUGCCUGGAGGCCUCUGUCACUUUCAACCUCUUCCGCCUGCUCACCCGGGACCUGAAGUGUGUGGCCAGUGGAGAUCAGUGUGUCUGA